AUGGCCAGCGACUUUCUUUCUUUCGUUCUUUCUUUCUUUUGUGCGUUACUCUCCUUAUUUCUUCCUUUCUUUCUUCUUUCCUUCCGUGCAUUAAUUUAUUUCUUUAUUCACUUUGUUUCUUUCUUUCUUUAUCUCUUCUGUGCAUUACGUUUAUUCAUUUUCUCUUUAUUCUCUGCGUUUCUCUCUUUCUUUCUUUCGUUUUUUUUUCUUGAAUUUUUUUUUCAUUUCUUUUUUUUUCUUUUCUUUCUUUCUUUUUUUUUCUUUUAUUUCUUUUCUAACUUUCGUUUUAAUUUUUUUUAUUUCGAUUCUUUCUUUUUUCUUUCUUUCAUUCUAUCGUCUGUGCCUUACAUUCUAUCUUUUUCUUGUUUUCUUCUUUCGCUCCGUUAUUUAUUUCUUUAUUCUGUCCAUCACUUUCUUUUUCUUUCUUUCUUUAUUUCUUUCUUUCUUUCUUUCUUUCCAACGUUAAUAUUCUUUCUUUCGUUCUUUCUAUCUUUCUCCCAAUAUUCUUUUCUUUCUUUUUUCUUUCAAAUAUUAAUAUUCUUUCUUUCGUUCGUUCUUCCUUUCUUUCUCCUAAUAUCAAUAUUCUUUGUUUGUUCCUUUCUUUCUCUCUCCGCAAUGUUAAUAUUCUUUCUUUCUUUCUUUCUUUCUUUCUUUCUUUCUUUCUUUCCCACGUUAAUAUUCUUUCUUUUGUUCUUUCUUUUUUUCUCCCAAUAUUCUUUCUUUCUUUCUUUCAAAUAUAAUUAUUCUUAUUUUCCAGCCGUUGAAAACAUCUAUCUAUCUAUCUAUCUAUCUAUCUAUCUAUCUAUCUAUCUAUCUAUUUAUCCAUCUAUCUAUCUAUCUAUCACAAUCUGUUCAUAUCUAUCUAUCUAUCUAUCUAUCUAUCUAUCUAUAUAUCAUUGA